GGGGAGGGUUGUGUCCUGUAUCUCUUGGGCACUGCACAUUGGGGAAGCAAAACAAAAUAUGAAUUUUGCAGCUCAGUUCCUAUACUCAAAAGGAUUAAGCAAAAAGGAACCUUUCCGAAACAUUGAGCGAGAGGAAGACUGUGACCCCUUCUGGAGCAGGUUGGAUGACCCAUACCCUGCUAUGUCCCUGUAGGAGGCAUGGAUGGUGACAGAUCCCUCAGUGUCCCCUUAUCUGCAGACCCCCUCCUUCCUCCCUUGGGGGCAGUAGUUGGAGUUUUGCUUCACAUUGCUGUGUUUGUCCUAACUGUGCUUUAUAGCUGUGUCAAGAAGCUGUUCCCAGACAAAAAUGAAGAUAAAGUAAAGAAGCAAGAUGCAUCCGAUAAAAGCAAACUCCAAGGUCAAAAGAAUGGUCCUGUGAAGUGUGAGAAAAAUGGACCACAGCCAUUGGCCAUUAACCCUGAGAGGCUGAAGGACUUUGUAGAGGAGGAAUAUCUGAAUGGGGACUUAACUACAUGGGAAAUGAAGGUUGUUGGAAAACCAGAGGAACAGUUAACUGGACCAGUAGAGCCUAUUACCCAGAAACCAAGGAAGCCCAGUCUGCGGCCCAAAAAUGAGUUCCUGAGAUUUGAGGACAUCAGUGCAGCUGCCUUCAAAAUCCAGAGCGGGGUUCAGAAAACUCCCUGUAUGUAUUCAAGGAUUUCAAAACAGUACGGGAUCGAUAUUUACCUAAAGAAAGAAUAUCUCCAGUACACAGGAACUGUAAAGGAGAGGGGAGUGCUGUAUCUGCUUACCUCACUGCACCAGGAGCAGCAAAGAAAAGGAGUGAUUGUGGCCACAGACAGUAAUUUUGCAAUGGCUGUUGCUUUCCAUGCAUCAGAGCUUCAGAUUCCCGUAUUUGUUAUCAUGUCAGCUGGAACAUCUCAAAGCCGUGUCAAAAUGUGCCGUGACUAUGGUGCCAUGGUCAUUUUAUUUGGCCCCUCUGCAAGAGAUGCACAAAGCCAUGCCAGACGGCUGGCCCAAGAAAAUGGCUACCUGUAUGUUGAAGAGGAGGACAGUGCUGGGUAUCUUGCUGGUUUGGGUACUGUUGGGCUGGAGAUAUAUGAACAGGUACCCAGUCUGGAUGCUGUGAUCUUGCCAGCGGGGGGACACUGUGGUUUGCUUGCAGGGUCAGCCGCUGCCCUCAAACACCUCAAUUCAAAAAUCUGUGUGAUCGGUGUUGAAUGUGAGAAGUUCCCCAUAAUACAACAGUCUUUAAAAACAGGUCACUGUUUAACAGAGCACGACUACAUCACUCACCCUUUGUAUGGAGAGCUGGGAGGACCUUCCUUUGGUGUCAAUACAUUGAAGUUGACCAAGAAACUUGUAGACCAAGUGAUAUCGGUGAGGGAGGAGGACAUCUUGCUUGCCAUGCUCCGGCUGCUGGAGUGUGAAAGGGUCACAGCUGAUGCUGAAGGUGCAAUGGGACUUGCUGCUCUGAUAUCUGACAAAUUACCAGAACUGAAAGGAAAAAGGGUGGCGGUGGUUGUGUGCAGUGCAAACCUGCCUCUGCCUUUACUACGUCACUGCCUGGACAGAGCUCUGGUCCUAGACCACAGAGUGUGCAAAUUCUCCGUUGUGGUGUCAGAUUUUCCUGGGGAAAUCACCAAACUCUUGGAGGCCAUUGGACGAGAAGAAGCCAGGGUGGUGAACGUACAGAAAGAAAAUGUUUUCCUGAAGACGGAUCUGUUCACAGUGGAGGUUACCUGCCUGGUGGAGACAAGAGACGAAACUCACUCAAUGCAUCUGAGAAAUGCUCUAUCUGAAAGAUAUCUGUCCCUCAAAUGGAUCGAGCAGUGAACAGCGGGUCAGUUAGUUGCAAUGCAAGGAGGAACUUAACUCAAUAAGGCCUACAGAACUGAAUGCAUUGUCAGUAAAAGGCAUCUGCUGGAGUAUUUAUGAAAUUCUGAGAGGGGGUUAAACACUUCCAAAACAAAAUCAACUCACUGUUUUAUAAUUCAAAGGCUAGUUACUAGCAGGUUAAAUAACUGACAUUUUUCAUUAAAGGGCCAGUAAACCUAGAAAAUAAUGUUAUAUAAUUGUGCACAUAGUGCAGAAUUAUAUAACAUUAUUUUAGUGCUAGCUUUAUGUAACAUAAUAUUGCCGCUUGAAUUUUUAUUAAAAAAGAGGGUUUUUCAGACCCGCCCUCUGUGCUCUACUGAGCUGG